AGAAGCGCAGAGCCUCGGGUGGGCCGCUCCCGGAAGCAAGAGGGUUGAAGUUGAGUAUGCUAGGUCCUGGUUGCGGGCCUUGGGGAAGACAAGGCUGGGGCGAGAUCGCGCCUGUUGUCCCUUCGCUGACUGACAUUUCCUUUACCCAGGUCCCCACAUCAGGGCUAGAAGGAGCCCGAGUUCCCUAGGGAUCUGUGGAAACUGCCCCGUGACUGUUGGAGAAGAUGCCGUACCUUGGCUCCGAGGACGUGGUGAAGGAGCUGAAGAAGGCUCUGUGUAAUCCUCACAUUCAGGCUGAUAGGCUGCGCUAUCGGAGUGUCAUCCAGCGAGUGAUUAGGCACAUGACUCAAGGGGUGGACAUGUCUGGUGUUUUCAUGGAAAUGGUGAAAGCUAGUGCCACUGUGGAUAUUGUUCAGAAGAAGUUAGUUUAUCUCUACAUGUGUACCUACGCUCCCCUGAAACCAGAUCUGGCUCUCCUGGCCAUCAAUACACUGUGCAAAGACUGUUCGGACCCCAACCCGAUGGUGCGAGGGCUGGCAUUACGGAGCAUGUGUAGCCUCAGGAUGCCUGGUGUGCAGGAAUAUAUCCAACAGCCAAUUCUCAAUGGUCUGCGGGAUAAGGCUUCAUAUGUCAGGAGGGUAGCAGUCCUUGGCUGUGCCAAGAUGCAUAAUCUUCAUGGUGACUCCGAAGUGGAUGGUGCCCUGGUAAAUGAAUUAUAUAGUUUGCUGCGCGACCAGGAUCCAAUUGUGGUUGUGAACUGCCUAAGGUCUCUAGAGGAAAUUCUGAAACAGGAAGGAGGUGUAGUCAUCAAUAAGCCCAUCGCCCACCAUCUCUUAAAUCGAAUGUCAAAACUGGACCAGUGGGGCCAGGCUGAAGUCUUGAACUUUCUGCUCCGCUACCAACCCCGAAGUGAGGAGGAGCUGUUUGACAUUCUCAAUCUGUUGGACAGUUUUCUCAAGAGCAGCAGCCCAGGCGUGGUGAUGGGAGCCACCAAACUCUUUUUGAUCUUGGCCAAAAAAUUCCCCCACGUGCAGACCGACGUGCUCAUGCAAGUCAAGGGCCCUCUGCUGGCUGCCUGUUCUUCAGAGAGUCGAGAGCUCUGCUUUGCUGCCCUCUGCCAUGUGCGCCAGAUCCUGCACAGCUUGCCGGGUCACUUCAGCAGCCACUACAAGAAGUUUUUCUGCUCCUAUUCGGAGCCCCACUACAUCAAGCUCCAGAAGGUGGAGGUGCUGUGUGAGCUGGUGAACGACGAGAAUGUGCAGCAGGUGCUGGAGGAGCUUCGAGGAUACUGCACCGACGUGUCCGCCGACUUCGCGCAGGCCGCCAUCCUCGCCAUUGGUGGCAUCGCCAGGACCUAUACGGAUCAGUGUAUGCAGAUUCUAACAGAGUUGCUGGGCGUUCGACAAGAGCACAUUACCACGGUGGUGGUGCAGACUUUCCGAGACCUGGCAUGGUUGUGUCCUCAGUGUACGGAAGCUGUGUGUCAGGCCCUGCCCGGCUGUGAGGAGAACAUUCAAGACAGCGAGGGGAAGCAGGCACUUAUCUGGUUACUCGGUGUCCAUGGGAAGAGAAUCCCCAAUGCUCCUUAUGUGUUGGAAGACUUCAUAGAGAAUGUGAAGUCAGAGACGUUCCCUGCUGUCAAGAUGGAGCUGCUCACAGCUGUGCUGCGCCUCUUCCUCUCUCGCCCAGCUGAGUGCCAGGACAUGCUAGGCCGCUUGUUACACUACUGCAUAGAGGAAGAAAAGGACAUGGCAGUACGAGAUCGAGGUCUCUUCUAUUAUCGCCUCCUCUUAGCUGGCAUCAGUGAAGCAAAGCAGAUCCUGUGUAGCCCUAAAUCUGACCCUUCCCUCAGACUUUUGGAGGAUCAGGCAGAAAGACCUGUGAACAGCUGGGCCUUGGACUUCAACACUCUGGUGCCAGUAUACGGCAAAGCCCGCUGGGCAACCAUAGCUAAAUGCCAGGGAGUAGAACAUCAUGGCCCAGAGCUUCCUAACACUGCAGCCUUUCCCACAUCAGGACCCCUGAUUCCCGAAGAGAACAAGGAGAGGGUUCAGGAACUCCCUGAUUCCGGAGCCCUCAUGCUCAUCCCCAAUCACCAGCUUACUGCUGAGUGUUUUGAGAAAACUUGGCUGAGCCUCAAAGUUGCUCAUCAGCAGGUGUUCCCGUGGCAGGGAGCAGUCCAUCCUGACACCCUGCAGAUGGCGCUGCAAGUCGUGAACAUCCAGACCAUCGCGAUGAGCCGGGCUGGGACUCAGCCAUGGAAAGCCUACCUCAGUGCUCAGGACGACACUGGCUGUCUGUUCCUAACAGAACUGCUGCUGGAGCCUGCGAACUUGCAAAUGCAGAUCUCAGUGAAACAAAGCGAGGCGAGGACAGAGACACUGAAGAGUUUUAUUUCUGUUUUAGAAACUGUGAUCGGAACGAUUGGAGACAUAAAAUCAUAACAUGGCUUCUUGUCUGUCCAUAGUGAGAUGAA